GAUGAAAUGUUGAAAUUCGAUUCCUACGCCGGCUGUCGGCGUGGUAAACGGCGGUAAUAUGACUUUCAGUCUUCAAUGACCCAAAGGAUUUCUUUACUAUGUGAUCAAAAGAGCUUGUGACUCAGAUGGAAUAUCGUGUCCUGUUUUGAAAUGCAGUAACUUAACUUGUCAUAACAAGUUCUUUUAAAUAUUUAAUGAGUGACUUCGGCUUGUUUCGGUCGUCCUCAAAAUGGUUGCGAGCAAAAGAAGUAAAACGAAGCGAGUCAACAAAGAUAACGAAAAUAUCACCAAGUCAGUCGACAAGCCAGAGGAUUUCAAAAACAAUUCAAUUCUCUUCAAAGCUUCUAUAGUAAUUGCAUUGAUCACUGUUGCAUCUAUGGGGUUUGUAAGCUUAAAUUUACGAACACAUCAAGACACAAGGUCAAAUGGAAGUCAAGAGCUAACUAAUUUGAAGAACGACAUUCAAGACGAAGAAAAGCGAGAGGGAAGUGAUGAUAUAUGGACUAUAGAUAGACGACGUAAUCUGAGUCUCGAAGAGUUUAUCCAAAGAUAUGAUGGAAAACGACCUGUGUUAAUUACUGAUAUUCUGCCAAGCUGGAAAGCAGCCAAUUGGAGCAAGGAGUUUUUUGCUAAAAACUAUGGUGAUCAAAAAAUGUUCAUGAAAGCAGUACAGGGGACAAUGAACCAAGCAGAAAGUCUUGCUGUGAAUGCAAAGUUGUUUGCAGAGCAUGCUCAUGAAGGCAAACCCUGGUUAUGGACUUAUGUAGAGGAUGAGCUAUUUAUCCAAACUCACCCUGAGUUGAAGGAUCACCUACAGAACCCAAUCUAUUUAAAGGAAGACUUCUUUCAAUUUUUCCCCAAAGAUGUUCGACCAUGGAAUGCUAUGCUUCUGUGGGGUACUGCAUACUCCAGGUCAUCUUUGCAUAUUGACCCAUACAACUGGACUGGGACAAAUGCUUUGUUUUCUGGGAAGAAAAUGUGGAAGAUGUAUCCUCCCGGCCAGGACCAAUACCUUUAUAUUUACAGUAACAGACGGUGUAAUUUCCCAUUGGACUGCUUUAAAUAUAACAGCCCUGUGGAUGCAUUUGCGCCAGAUCUAGAGAAGUUCCCACUAUUUUCAAAGGCCAAGGCACUUUCGUUCACGCAGAAUGCUGGGGAGCUUCUUAUCAUUCCAACAGGCUGGUUCCACCAGGCUUUUAACCCAGAGGAGACAAUUGCUGUCAGUAGUCAAAUUAUGAAUUCACAGAAUUACAAAAUCUGCUUAGAGGAGAUAUUUAAAGCCGGAGAAGUAGAUCUUCGGAAAAUCCCAGAAGGAUUUGCCAACCUCUCGCCAGUGGAUCAGGUUGUGACAGUGACGAGGCUUAUUCCUAUCAAUGUGAUCAGGAAAGGCAGACAGUUGACAGAAAAUCUGCUGAAACAACUCAAGAAAUGAUGUUGCAAUGACCCACUUAACACUGUUAUCAAUCCACUUUACAUUGGCAUACCUCACACUGAUCUACAUCUCACUCACUGAGUUUCUAAUUCACAUCACACUGAUCCAUGUCAUACAUAGCUAUCCCACACUGAUGUACACUAUUUCACAUUGAUCUACUUUACACUGUUAAGGCUACAAUACUUCACUGAUCUACAUUGUACGAUGAUGUACAUCUCACCAGAUUCCUGAUACAUAGUUAGAAAAAAUCUUGAUAAUAAGAAAGUCAACCUUGUAUGUUGAACAUAAUUUAAAAGAAAUUAUAUUGAAUAAGAUUUGCUGAAAAAAUACAAUCAUAAGGUUUUGUGAUAAUUAAAACAAUAUCAUCCUCGGAAA